AUGACUUCGAGCGUGUCAUUGCAGCUUUUCCCACCACCCCAGAAAAAGGUCAAGAGAUCGCUCAGUCGCAAAGCAUCAGUCAAGCAAGCUGCGCCAGAGCCCGUUGUUGAGCGUAUGGAGCGAGCCAAGUCGCCGGUCGACUUCCACGAACUCGUCAUUCAGGUCAGCUCGCCUGCCGCUGCAUCGCCAGUUUCAAUUCCGCCUACGGCGUAUGUUCUACAAGCGCCACCAGAGCAGCAUGUACCGGCUUCCGAUGCGUUGGAUCGAAUAAAAGCAGCUUCCCCGACCCGAAGUACGACGCACGACCGAGCGGCGUCGCCCUCAAUAUCGCAAGCUCGCUCAGCACAUCGGACACGGACAAGCUCGCCCAUCUCGCGGCAACAUGCUGCGACGCCUUCACUUUCGGAGGUUUACUCACUCCGUUCAGGCAGUCCUACGCUUGUGCGAAGUAACAGCGCUGCAACCUCUCAAGCUCUGCGGAGCCCUGGCGAGGCUCCCCUGAUGCAAUCCAUUUUUCCGCGUUACGAUUAUGGCAGGCGGUUAUCGCAGCAACAGUAUCGUCCCACCCAAGCGUCACCAACACACAUACCUCGUGAUAAGAUCAGCAAAGCACCUUACUCGCCCGGCUUCUAUUCACCACACGGCGACUUGUUGAAUGGAGAAGCUAGCGGUAGCUCAUCGGCUGCUUUGGAGUUUACCCCAGCUGGCGAGCUCUACCCCCUUUGGGAUGCGGCAAACGGACAAGGAACACCCAUAGCCGCACAGAAAUACACCCUGCAGAUGCAUCGUCCGCUGGACGCAUCAUCGUCAAACGCGCCACCGAACCACUCGCAAUUCGUCUUCGGGCCCUCUCAAUCCCAAGCCUUCUACAGCUUAACGAAAUCUUCGUUCCUUGAAGCGUACUCCAGUGGCGCCGAGAGCAACGAUGCCAGCAUGGACCAAGAGCUGCUGAUACAGCGCCACCACCCAAACAAGCCCAUGUCUUUCCCAAUCGCACACCUAACGCUCCGGACACCACCUCCAGCCCUGAGCCUAUCAACCUCCCAGCCCUCACAAGAAGUACAACCCUCCCUGAUCACAUCGAUCUACCCCAAGCUUGCCGCGCUCUCCGCGCUUGAGCUUGCCGCUCAGUCACCCACCGCGUCUUCACUCGCGCUCGUGGACCCAGAAGCGACAUCCCCCGCCGCGGCCCAGCUCGCCGCUGAGGCCGUGCAGGAAGCUGCUGUUCGCGAGUGUUGCGCGCUCACAUGGACGCCCGCCGCACCUGGUGCAUCGGCUCGGUCCGGCGCGUAUGAACUGCAGCAUCCUAGUCUGGGCAUCUUCCCAAUCAAGGUGCAAGGCGAUGUCGGCCACGGCUUCUCCUCAGCGCGCUCGAAAUCUGCAGCCAGCAUCGUCAUCCGCUGUCCCGCCGCUCAUGAUAAGGACGACGAUGCCGACAAAGAGUCGCAGAAACCCAACGGUCUUAACAACAGCGACGACAGCGGCACCCCUCUUGCUCGGCUUGACCUCUCAGCCGACGCCCUAACCGUCGAUGCAGGCGCGAUAAUGCGCCUCGGCAACGCCUACCUCAUCGACGUCGCCGUUUCCGCCAUCCUAGCCGUCGCCGUCGCAGAAGCGAAGAGGAGAGCCGAGACGGUGAAGACGUCGUUCGAGGGACCACCAACAGCCGCCGCAAGGGGAUCGCCGAAGCUAGCCGCGAAGGAGCUGAAGAAGGCCAAGAAAGCAAGGGGGGUGCAGAGAGAGGGGGACGUUGAGGCUGGUAUGGCCGCGGAGAAGGAUCAGGAAGGGGAGGAGCUACCUACAGCAACGAGGGCGGUUCUUAAAGUGUUGAGGGUCGGGUUCAAGACCGCGGUGUGGGUCUUGGAACUCGCCAUGAAGAUCUUGACGAAGAUGGUCGUGGUGGCUACGAAGUGCGUCCAGAAGGCGUGA